AAAAACAUUUUCCGAAGGAGGAGAGGUACAGAAAACACACACUUCUCCGAAAAAGACCCAACUUUCAAACUCUCAAAAUCUUGGCGAGAAAAAAAAUCUUGAAUUGGGUUUCAAAGAAAUAGCAAAAUCAAGCAGCACUUGAGUAGAACUUUGUGUAUCCUUAACUUUUAAAGAGUGUGUGUGUGUGUGUGUGUUUUUUCCAAAUAUAGUAGAACAUAAUUACAUAUCAAAGUUUGAAAUUUAUUGCCCAUAAAUUUUGUGUUUUUGGGACUCUGCCAAAUGAGUUAGUUCAUGAGAUAAAAUUGAGUACAUAUAUCCAUUUAAUUGUCAUAUUUUUUAGUUUGUAGAGGUGCGCUUUUGAAGAUAAUAUUGACAAAUACCAGAAAAGUUUCGAAUACAAAUUCUAGGAUUUUUUUGGGAUGAAUUCGUGAUGAUAAUAUUAUAGUGUUGAAAUAUUAAAAUGGCCGAUCUGUAUGGAACCAAUGAAUCAGAAGACAUGUCUUCUUUUCUUCAAUUUCUUCUUCAAAAUUCAUCAUCGGCUGUUACUACUUCUUCCCCAGCUGAUGGUCUGUUCUGCGGCAUCGGAGCCUCGGCUCCAGUUGCGGAGUGUUCGUCUGCCAUCAAUUUCGCAGAUCCCAGCAAUUUCUUUGCCAAAGUAUUUGAUUGGAUCGGUUCUUCUGCGAAACUUGGAAAUGUUGGUUCUUCCUUCGAGGGAGCUGAAGCUUCGGAUAUUCGAGUUAAGCCACGUUCCUCAAAGAGGAGUAGAGCAGCUGAGAUUCAUAAUUUAUCGGAAAAGAGGAGGAGAAGUCAGAUAAAUGAAAAACUCAAGGCACUUCAAAACUUAGUUCCGAAUUCUAGUAAAACUGACAAGGCAUCAAUGUUGGAUGAAGCUAUCGAAUAUCUGAAACAACUUCAGCUACAAGUACAGAUGUUGACAUUGAGAAAUGGAUUGAUCUCGCAUCCAGGCUACUCACCAGGGUCGUUAGUGCCCCAAUCUGUUGUUGCCUUCGAUGAAGGGAACAUAUUGCCUAAUACAAGCAGACAGGCAGAAACACUUUCUCAGGAACAAGAAAUGUUUAGACAAACAGCAUUUGAUACUUCCCAUCAUGCUUCCUCGACCCAGCAAAUUGUCAUAGACUCCAUGAUAACAAAUUCCAAUUCACAAAUUCCAGCUGGCUUCACACUGCCUGCUCGAAAUAAUUACGGACUUCGCAAUAAUCUGGCAUCUUUCAAGGAUAUUUGUUGGGAUGGUACACUGUCACGCUUCCAGUUGGAUACAAGUUUCUUAGGUAACAAUCCAUCACCAGGCGUGUCUUCAUAGAGAAUGAGUAAACGAUGUGAAUGAUGUAUUAGACUGCUGGUAACCAUCUGAAAUGUGAAAUUUACCAUUGUUUGGACAUCUUAGAAAUUGCAAAUUAGCCUGGAAAGUUCCAAGCAUACUGACCUUUUAAGAUAAACUGUGUCAAUAAGGCUCUAGAGAAGCAUGAACUUUCAUGUAAUUAUUGACCUCUUUUUAAAUUACUGUAACAUUUUUAGAAUAUUUUAAUGUUCAGAGUC